AGGGCCAAAGCUAAAAAGCCGCUUGCUAAUGGGCGGCAACUCAGAGUUUCUCUCACUGGCCACUGCAUUCAUCUCUCAAAUUUCCUCUCUUAUAUCUCUGUAACUUUUUAAUUUCAGUCACGACUUUUGCUUUUCCCUUUCUUCUUUCCAUUGAAUUCUCUGUUCUCUCUCUGCUUUGGCCAAGUUUUCGUUCAAAAGAGAGAGAGAGAGAGAGGCCAAAGAAGUGGCUUCCUUGUUUGUUGUUUCUCUGUUUCUGCCUCCUCUUUCGACUUUUUGAUUGUUUCUUUAGAUACCCAUUUGGGAUUUCUACACAUAGGAAGUUUGUGAACUGGUGUGUGUGAGUGAGCAAUGGAAGCUCCAAAACCAGAAGAGAUAAGCCAUCCGCCGAUGGACCAACUUCAAGGCUUGGAGUACUGUAUCGACUCUAACCCUUCUUGGGCGGAAGCCAUAGCUUUGGGGUUUCAGCACUACAUUUUGGCCUUGGGUACUGCUGUGAUGAUCCCUUCUUUCCUUGUUCCUCUGAUGGGAGGCGAUGAUGGUGAUAAAGUGAGGGUGGUACAGACUCUGCUUUUUGUUGAAGGGAUUAAUACGCUUCUACAAACUCUGUUUGGAACCAGGUUGCCGACUGUUAUCGGAGGUUCUUAUGCCUUCAUGGUUCCCAUUAUUUCCAUCAUUCACGACUCAUCUUUAGCAAGAAUCGAGGACCCUCAUUUGAGAUUUCUGAACACAAUGAGAGCGGUUCAAGGAGCUCUAAUUGUGUCAUCAAGUAUACAGAUCAUUUUGGGAUACAGUCAGUUGUGGGCUAUUUGUUCCAGGUUCUUCAGUCCUCUUGGAAUGGUCCCUGUGAUUGCACUAGUAGGCUUUGGUCUGUUUGACAGAGGCUUCCCCGUGGUUGGAAGAUGUGUGGAAGUUGGCAUUCCCAUGCUUAUACUCUUCAUAGCCUUCUCACAGUAUCUUAAAGGUUUUCAUACAAGGCAACUGCCAAUUCUCGAACGCUUUGCUCUUCUUAUAUCCAUCACUGUGAUAUGGGCAUAUGCACACCUCUUGACAGCCAGUGGUGCAUACAAACAUCGACCAGAAUUAACUCAAGUCAAUUGUCGAACUGACAAGGCCAACCUCAUUUCUUCUGCUCCAUGGAUUAAGAUUCCAUACCCUCUUCAGUGGGGUGCUCCAACUUUCAAUGCUGGCCAUGCUUUUGGGAUGAUGGCUGCAGUUCUGGUAUCUUUGAUUGAGUCGACCGGAGCAUUUAAGGCAGCAUCGCGUUUAGCAAGUGCAACUCCGCCUCCAGCUCAUGUUCUGAGCCGAGGCAUUGGUUGGCAGGGAAUUGGGAUUCUUUUGAGUGGUCUGUUUGGAACAUUGUCUGGAUCAACUGUAUCAGUAGAAAAUGUAGGGCUGCUCGGAAGCACCCGUGUAGGUAGCCGCCGGGUUAUCCAGAUUUCAGCAGGAUUUAUGAUAUUCUUCUCAAUUCUAGGGAAAUUUGGUGCAUUGUUUGCUUCAAUACCCUUCACCAUAUUUGCAGCUGUAUAUUGUGUCUUGUUUGGUCUAGUUGCCUCUGUGGGGUUAUCAUUCUUGCAAUUCACCAACAUGAAUUCAAUGAGGAAUCUCUUCAUUACUGGUGUGGCAUUGUUCUUGGGUUUGUCUGUGCCUGACUAUUUCAGGGAGUACACUGCUAAGGCCUUUCAUGGUCCUGCUCACACAAACGCUGGAUGGUUCAAUGACUUCCUAAACACCAUCUUCUUCUCACCAGCAACGGUAGCCCUCAUUGUUGCGGUUUUCUUAGAUAACACACUUGACUAUAAAGACAGUGCGAG